UUUAGCUAGAAACUUACGAUGCAAAAAAUUUACUCGCUCAUUAUAGCAAUGAUAUUGGAUAAUAUUAACACAUCGUACAUGAAUUAUGAUUAUGGCGAGUCAACAAAAAUAUCCAGCUCCACGGAAGAUUAUCAAGAAUUUGAGCCAGUCACGAUAUAUUCUAGUAACCUUGAUAAAAUAUCCGCCAAGAAUAUAAAUUGCGAUGAUUUUUCCAGCUACGCUGUAAACUGCAGAGCUGAUGCUGCUUUAAUUUAUAACUCUAGCAGAAGGUCACCACCUCCUCCUUCGAAAAUUUAUUACUGGUGCAAAGCAAUAAGACACUUAACUAACUGUGCAAUAGACUGGAAUACCGAUUGUAAGGAUGUCACUGACAGUCACUUCAAUGAGGAAAGUAUAAAAGGCCACAUCCACGUUGUUAAUAAUGUAUGUGACGACGAAUGGUUACUUAUACGUUAUGCGGAUUCAGGAGUUUGCAUAGAAGCCACAGCGGAUUCCUGGGAGAGUUGCUAUGUUUUUUUUAAGCAAGCAGUGGAAGAGCAAAAAAACAAUACACAUGAGUGGACGCAUUACGAAGUUCAUUUUCAUUUGUGUUGUGCUAGAGCUAGAUUUCGGCGUUGCACUUUGGAAGCCUUAUUCGAAUCGACUUCUGAAUGCACCCACAAACAAGCUGUAAUGCUACAAAAAUAUUCAGUAAUUGUGUCUGAAGGGGACGUUUAUCAGGACUGUGACCAUAACGUGAUGUAUACAAAUUGCCCAGGCGGAGAUCCUCGUCCUUCUGCCUCGUUGUUAACUCAACUGAUGAGUGCUGGUAGCAAAACAGUCAAAUGGCACAGCUGGCACAGUUUACGGAUACCACUGCAUAUGAUAACAACUUUAUUUUUGCUAAUAUAUUUUAGAGGUUAUAUUGCUUUUCAUUUCGAUCGAAUUGUUAUUAUGAUAGUAUAA